AUGAUUCCUUCUCUGCAGCGGCUAUCCAAGCCGACUGACACAGCGGCGUCGUCGUCCAGUGGAACGCCGCGAAGACCGCCGCCUUCAACACCCAGGCCGACCUCUUCUACUCAUGCGCAGAGAAGAGCAGCUGCCUUGGAACGUCAGCCUCCCAUCACCUUUGCACCUCGCAGAAGCGGCGCAAGUGGUGAGGGCGCCUCCAAUACUUCUUUCUCUGCGGAACCGACAAAAGGAGGCACAAAGAAGACGCUGUGGCAGAGUUGGCUCUCCCUUACACCGCGGACCAGGAUGACAAUGGGAAUUGCAGUAGCGCUCUUCUCUGUCACCGGCAUGAUGGUUUACAAGCAAGUCGAGUAUCUCGUCCCCGUGCCCAAAGCUCAGAAAGAGGCUUCGUCGCCGGAUGAACCUCACAAGCCCAGACUCUUUGCGAUCACUGCAGUCGAUCGCAAACCCAAGGCGCCAGCUCAAGAAGAUGUCAAAACAGCUUCUACAGCAUCUACUGCUCUGCUGGCUUGUCUGAUGCUUCCCAUGGCCGCCAGUAGGUUACGAAUGGGCACUUUCAGCAAAGCAGGGUCUAGCUCACAAACUCAGGGUAGAGCCUGGAAUGCCAUGCUUGCCAGGAGGAGCGGAAUGGUGGAAAAGAGCAGAACUUUUUCGUCUGGUCGUCCUCUUGCCCAGCGUAGGAAGGGCUCCUCCGUCGCGACUGUCUAUCUCUCUCGCUCCUUCUCGCCGGUGCCUGCCAAGGCUAGCGCCUCUCCUCUGUUGCCUAGCGAUGCUGACUCCUCGCCUGGCUCUGCAGACGAGUCACUGUCGAUGCUGCUGCGAGGAGGCUAUAUCCGCCAAUCCUCCUCUGGCAUCUUCACUUUCCUCCCUCCUGGUCUGAACUUACUCAAGAAGAUUGAGACGAUCAUUGCAGAGGAGAUGGAAGCGAUUGAUGCUUCCCGGAUAGAUAUGCCCACGCUUCUGUCUAACAAGUUGUGGAAGAAGAGCGGCAGAGAUGAGGCGAUGGGGAGCGAGCUGUACAGGCUGAAGGACCGGAAGGGCGGAGAGUUCGUCCUCGGGCCGACAUACGAGGAGGAGGUCACUAAGCUCGUAGGAGGAGAGGUGCACUCCUACAAGCAGCUACCGGUCAAGGUCUACCAAAUGACUCGCAAACAUCGCGACGAGCCUCGUCCUCGGCUGGGACUGCUGCGGACUCGCGAAUUCGUCAUGAAGGAUAUGUACACCUUUGACGCCUCAAUCGAUGAAGCCAAGAAAUCUUACCAAGAGGUGCAGGGCGCAUACGAGCGCAUCAUGGAUCGGCUAUUCAGCAGUGACGUCGAAGUGGAUGUGAAGCAACAGAAUUGGAGGAUAGCUCAAGCAGACAGUGGAGCAAUGGGCGGAAUACUGUCGCAUGAAUACCACGUAGAAGAUCCGGCUGGUGAGGAUGACCUGUUGGUCUGCUCCUCGUGCUCUUAUACCGCCAAUUCGGAGCUCGCUGCAUCGAGACCGGCGGGAGACACGAUGCCGCUUGUCUCGGCCGAUGUGGUCGUCCGUCUCUACUCCCUUAGUAACGAUCCAGUCAACGCAGGCUCCUUGCUUGCGCUUGUGAGCGCUCGCAACUCCUCAAUCAACGAAGUGAAAGUAGCAGGGGUGCUACGGACGGUUUCGGCCGGCUCGAAGGCGGCGGUGCAGCAGCUCUACCCCACCAAGCAGGGCGAGAUCCACUGGGAUUGGAAGGAUCGGCCGGAAGGUCCUGUUGUGAGAUUUUCCCAGAUCAAGAUCCUCGCAGACCACUCUUGCUCCUCACUUUCGCCAGACGACAUCACCGAAGCGGUCGAGGAAGCCGUCCUUUCGUACAGCGACCCCUCCGGCGACGCACCUAGCUCAAGCGAUUCGCCUCGCUUACUUGACUUCUUCCCUUCGUCUCCCUCUCAAGAAGAUUUUCUUAGCUACCACGACGUCCGUCUCGCCGAAUCCGGCUCAAGCUGUGUCAGUUGCAGCUCCGGUACGCUCACGCAGAGCAAAGCCAUCGAAGUAGGCCACACCUUCAUCCUCGGGACUCGCUACUCGCAAUCUCUUGGCUACCAGUUCGCCGCACGACCCGAGGUGGAUACAGAGACGGGAAAGCAAAAGGCGCAGGAGAGGCGCUACUUCCAGAUGGGAUGCUAUGGUAUUGGAGUUACGAGACUGAUGGGCGUUCUCGCCAUGAAGGCUCGAAGGAGCUUCCUUGCUCUGCAGCAGACGCAAGACUCAGCAGGAGUGGCUAGCAAGGGUGACGCGUCUGGGGAAUCCAAGCCAGGCUUCCUCUGGCCAAAGCAUCUUGCUCCUUACUCGCACGUUAUUCUCCUUCCCCCCUCCGCUGCCUCGCAUCCACAGAAGGAGGUGGAAACAUUACUAACCCGCUUUCAGCGCGAGCAGGAAGCCGCCCCUGGCGAUGAGGGCGAGCACACCAUCUCUGUGCUGGUCGACGAUCGGCCCAACCUCUCCAUGGGUGCCAAACUUACGGAAGCGGACUUGAGUGGAGCGGGAGAGGUAUGGGUAGUGGGAAAGGAGGGGAGCAGGAGAGUGAGAUGA